GUACUCUCAAAUGAAUAGGAGCAAAACAUUCAAAAAGAACACCAUUGCGCAACAGAACUCCCACCACCACUGUCUGAACAUACAAAACUGCAUUCCCUAGCAGCAACUUUCUCUACAGUUACAAGAUUGGGGCAUUCAGUUUACAGUUAUUUACUGAUCGCGGUGAGAAGAGUCGAAUCUUCAAUCAUGGACAACGUAGAGAACUACACCAGUCUACAGGAGUUUACUGAAGACAUCAACUCCAGAGGAAACGAUCCUAUUCUAAACAAUCAAAGUGGACUGAAGAGGGGGACAGAGUGUCAGAGAAGUCAAACCGCUGUCUUUGUCCUGAUUGGCCUAUUGGCCUCCAUUUGCGCCAACAUCGCUCUGAGCGUAAUCUUGUUCAGCAGGCCUUUACCCGGUGUUCCCCUGGAGUCGGCAGCGCUGGCCCUGAAGCUGAACUCAGUCCAAGGACGUUUUGUCCGUCUCUGCGACGACUACUCCAAACUAGGCCAGAGCUGCUCAAAGCCUGUUAAGAGAUGCAGAGAGUGUCCUGAGGACUGGAUUCAUAUAGAUGACAAGUGUUAUUACUUCAGCGGUGAUAAAAUGGACUGGCCCAGCAGCAGGGACAGUUGUAUGUCAAUGGGUAGUCACCUUACCGUCCUGCACAGCAAGGAGCAGCAUGACGCUCUGGAAAAAGAGGCCCGUAGGAUUGGUGGCUUUGAAUACCACUUCUGGAUUGGCCUAUCGGAUAUUGAAAAGGAGGGGGACUGGAGAUGGGUGGACAACACUACCCUAAAAAACACGUAUUGGAAUGAGCACAGCUCUGAGCCGAACAACCAUCAGUCAGGUGGAUCACACGGGGAAGACUGUGCCACUCUGGACAGCCAUUCAAAGUCCUGGUUCGACGUUCCUUGUGAAUUCAUUUACAAGCGUAUAUGUCAGAUGGACGCCAUCCGGCUAGACUGAUUAAGACAGAACUAAAACCUGCCCUUACUAUGCAAUUUGAAGCCUUCAACCAGCAAACAAUUUACGGUAUUGUGUACAAGUCUUAGGGACAUGAAUUCCAAACUAAAGAUAAUUAUUUGGGUUGCAAGUGUUUAAACGUGUAGGUAGUAACCCACUGAGAAAAUCAUUAGAAAGAAGAAAAUCAUUAUUAAAGUCUUGUCAAUGUCUUUUCAACAUCCUUUGCUCAGUGGCAAAUGUUUAAACUACCCAAAUAAAUGGCUUUAGUACAACUUUCAGGUGCCUAAGACUUUUGCACAGUACUGUAUAUCUACUGUCCAUCUACUCAUGAAUGAUGGUCAUGUUUUCUUAUUUUCUUUAACAGCAUUUAAUGAAGAGAUUGGAAAAAUUGAUUACUA